UGAAUCGCUUGUAGACGAAAGCAACGCUUCGAAGGCUGUAUUGUCUGCAAAGGCCUUCUCUCCUCUCCAGCGCUCACACGUGUCGGCGAAGAUGUCAUCGAUUCCCACUUUCAUCGAUAUCUCCGAAUCGGAACAGUGCGAAGAACUGCGCGAAUACUUGGAGUCUUUGGGCGCAGUCUUCACGAAAAGCGAGACAUUUAUCGGCGAAUUGAAGCAAAUCAUCGCCGCCUGCGAUGUGCUCUUCCGCGAGGGCGCGAAGGAGUCGGACGUCGAGUCGGUUCUCAAUUCCGUGGUCUCUCUGCUCAUCGUUUCGGUGCCGCAGUCAUCGCAAGAGUCCUCUCAACUGAUUCACGCCUUCUGUGAACAGACUCUGAAACCCAAACCCGCGAAACAGAGUCUCGUUUGUCUCCGAGUCCUGAAGAACCUGUUCGGCGGACUCCAAGACAUCGUCGAUCUGCGCUUCCGGGUGUACGUGACGCUCGUGCGC